GAGCCAGCAGAAGGGGAAGAGGCGGGGCAGGGGACCGCUACCGCCGCCGCCGCCGCCGCCGCCGCCGCCGCCCCAAAGGUCCGACUCACCGCCUCGGAGACGUGCAUUCCGUACGGUGUCGCUGUCACGCGGGAGGCCAUGCAGCGACUGAAGCAUGUGGUGGGACACUGCCCAGAGAAGACCGCGGUGUUUCUUGAACACCUCCGCGAGGUGGUGGCGACGACGGUGCCUGACAUUCCCGCGGCCCCUGUUCCGACGGCGUCGAGAGGGAAAGGCGGUUCCUCUGCACAUUUCACGGCUCGCCAACUCGAGGCGUUGUCGGAAUUAUGGGGCAACCGGCGAGAAGCACCUGUCUCCGUAUCCACCACGAUCGGGCGGAAGCGCGGCCUUUUUGGGGAUCUGGAGCCCAAGCAGCUGCAUCAACAUGUCAUUUCCGUCCUGAACCGCGUUUCGAACGAAACACGCAAGUACCGCGAGGUGAAGAACGAGUUGCUGCGCCUGCCCAUACCCGAGGCGAAUGAUGCGACUCUGGCCUCAAUUGUUGAGGUCUUCUUCAUAAAGGCGGUGCGAGAGCAACACUUCUCCAACUUGUAUGCCGAUUUAGUCUCUGCGCUCUGCAAGGUGCCAGAGGGGCAACGAAUUGUGGGUGACAAGGCGCAGAGUCUUGAGUACCGGCUGCGGCAGCAGCUGCUGCAUCGCUGCCAGAUGGAGUUUCAGCAGUUAGAGGAUCAGAACAUAGAACGGGCAGGGCAGGGCGGGGAGAACCGUGAUUCGCAAGGGUCGGAGGAGGAUUUUAAGGAGCGCCGGGAUCGGGCGUGCGGCAUUGUGCGGUUCGUGGGGGAACUCUUCCUGCGCCAAAUUGUGACGGAGAAGGUGAUUGAGCACAUUCUCAUGACUGUCUGCACGGGGUUGUACGGUCGUGAGGGAUUGCGUGUUCCUCCGCCCUACACGCCGACAGAGGCGCAGAUGGAUGAGGCUAUCGUGCUGCUAAACAUUGUGGACACGAGCUUCUUCCACACCGCGGUGGGGGCGGCCAUGCUGACGGACAUCACAAACGUCCUGCAGCACUGGUGUGUGCACCACCCGGUCCCUCGCAUUAGGUUCCUGCUCAUGAGUGUCACGGGAAAGAUGCACACGCUUGUGGAGGAGCGGAACGCCACCCUUGCCGCGGCACAACAACAACCGCAACCGCAUACGGAGGAAGAGCAGCAGCAGCAGCAGCAGUCAGUUCAGGAGGGAAAGCGGUUGGCAAAUGGUGGCAGUGUGCCCCCACCUCUUAGUCCGUGCAGCGAGGAAAGUUCGUUUGCCUCCAUAGGCGGAAGAGCUGCGGUGGCCGUGCCAAGUGAAUUGUCACCAAAGGCGAAGCUUCCGGUGUUUGUUGGCGGCAAACCGAUCCCUGCCCCGCGGAGCGCCGCCUCACGUCAAAACAGCACGACGUCAAAUGCCUCAAUAAACGGCCCCGCAGGCUCCGCUCCUCCGGUGACGAAACUGCUGGCCACGCCGGAGAAUGUGGCGCGUCACAUGCAGAAUGUCACCGUUGCUGGACGCAGCCUUGCCGAGGUAGUGGAGGAAAUAACAAAUACGUUUGCAGAUGUCCUCGCUGCGGCGGGGGUUUGGACCGAACGCUGCUUGACUGUCGUCAAGGCGGUGAAGGAUCGCUCCAUGUACGGCACCUUUCUGUCCUCCAUGAAUCGCCAUCAUAAAGGGGCCCUGAAGCAGGAACUGCGCAGGGUUGCCAUGGGUGUCUUUGUCAACGCGGUGUCUCAGAGGCUGCAUGAAGACCUGGGCAUUUUUAAGUACUGGGCGGCGAUGAUUUGGAGUGACGCGGCGCGGGAGGUGCUGGACGAGGACCUCCUCAAUGAGGCGCUGCAGCACCUCUUGAGCAACGAUCCAGCCGCGGUGCGGGUGUACCUGCGCGAUGUCUCCAAGCAGCUGCAGGUCCUCGCCAGUGCCCCGCGGGCGCCGAGCGAUGAGGCGACGAACUUCGUGCGUUACCGCCCACUGCAGGUCGUUCACCGGCACAACACGCACCGUAAGCGGGACUACGAGCUGAGGGUCGUGAACUUCCCUGACGUUCGUCUCGCGAGUGUGGAGAUCAAUGUCUUCUGUGCGCUCCUUACAGGGACCCCCACAAAGGAGGCUCUCUUUAAUGCCGUGCGCUCCUCCGCGUACCUGCGCUGCCCACUAGUCGCCCCCGAGGUCCUUAGCGCCAUUCUGCACGCUGAGCUCUGCAGCAACACCACCGCCUACCUCGAGGACAACUUGGAUCUACUGAGUUUAGUUAGCGAUGGCCAGGACCGCGAGGUGAGGGAGCUGCUGCUCGUCGCGGAGUUGUACUCCGCGUUGAAGGACGGCUCCUCAGAGGCGCUGCGGCCGCUUUCUGCGGGGGCGCGCGUCAUGGCGAAGCUGAGCGACCGCAUCAUCUCGGACGAGACACGGCUGCGCGCGCAGAGGUACUUUGAGUCGCGCGACGACUGUGCCCACCACUACAUCGGCGCGCAAGCGUUCCACACGCAGACGCGUCGCGCCAAUAGCAGCAGCGGGGGCAGCGGCAGUGGCAGCGUCAGCGGCGCCGUGAACAACAGCAACACCACGAACAGCGUCACCCGUCGGCCCGGGAUUCAGCGUCGCUGA